CCUUUUUCAUUCAAGAUGGCGGGCGACGAGUCAGGUACAACGCUGGGUCAGCCUCAUUUGGCCAAACAAGACCUCAAUACUCUGGAUGUAUCCAAGCUGACGACGCUGUCCCCCGAGAUCAUCAGCAGACAGGCCACCAUCAACAUUGGUACAACAGGCCACCAUCAACAUUGGUACAGCCCGCUAUUGAACGCGACGAACCAAGUUCUCACCGUCCGCUUCAAAAACGAGCUGGAGAGGAACAUCACCAUCAAGCUCGGCUAUGCUAACGCGAAGAUCUACAUGCUGGAUGACCCCAGCUGCCCUCGGCCCGAGUGCUACCGCUCAUGCGGGAGCAGUACUCCCGAUGAGUUCCCCACAGACAUCCCCGGCACCAAAGGCGACUUUAAACUUGUCAGACACGUGUCCUUCGUGGACUGUCCCGGUCACGACAUUUUGAUGGCGACCAUGUUGAACGGCGCCGCUGUCAUGGACGCCGCCCUCCUCCUCAUCGCGGGCAACGAGUCUUGUCCGCAGCCGCAGACAUCAGAGCAUCUGGCCGCCAUCGAAAUCAUGAAGUUGAAGCACAUCCUCAUCCUGCAGAACAAGAUCGACCUAGUGAAGGAGAGCCAGGCCAAAGAGCAGUAUGAGCAGAUACUGACGUUCGUGCAGGGCACGGUGGCCGAGGGCGCGCCCAUCAUUCCCAUCUCUGCUCAGCUCAAGUACAACAUCGAGGUGGUGUGCGAGUACAUCGUCAAGAAGAUCCCCGUCCCUGUGCGAGAUUUCUCCUCAGAGCCCAGACUCAUCGUCAUCAGAUCAUUUGACGUCAACAAACCUGGCUGUGAAGUGGAUGACCUGAAAGGCGGCGUGGCGGGCGGGAGUAUCCUCAAGGGCGUCCUCAAGGUGGGCCAGGAGAUCGAGGUGCGGCCGGGCAUCGUGUCCAAGGACCACGAAGGGAAGCUGAUGUGCAAGCCCAUCUUCUCCAAGAUUGUUUCGCUGUUCGCCGAACACAACGACCUUCAGUACGCCGCGCCCGGAGGCCUCAUCGGCGUGGGCACCAAGAUUGACCCGACGCUUUGCCGAGCCGACCGCAUGGUGGGUCAGGUGCUGGGCGCCGUCGGGGAGUUACCGGAGAUCUUCACCGAGCUGGAGAUCUCGUACUUCCUGCUCAGGAGGCUGCUGGGCGUGCGCACGGAGGGAGACAAGAAGGCCGCCAAGGUCCAGAAGCUGUCGAAGAACGAAGUGCUUAUGGUGAACAUCGGGUCACUGUCGACAGGCGGCCGCGUUAGUGCCGUCAAAGCCGAUCUGGCUAAGAUCGUCCUCACCAACCCCGUAUGCACCGAAGUAGGAGAGAAAAUCGCCCUGAGUCGACGUGUGGAGAAACAUUGGCGUCUGAUUGGCUGGGGGCAGAUCAGGAGGGGCGUGACCAUCACACCCACGGUGGAUGAUGACUGACAGGAGAAGGCGGGUCCGUUACCGUCCACAAAGUUGUCAUCAAGAUACCGCAAAUGUUUUCCUCCUCUUCAUUCUUUUCCCGCCAAGAGGGACAGCUGGGAAUGACGCCAACAUACUUGGGACUAGCGUGAACAUCUGCCGCCGACUACGCUUCAAUGCAGCUCCCGUUUCCUUUCUCUUAUCCAAUAAACGUUUGGAAUUAAA